AUGGAAGAACAAGGUGGGCAUGAGAAUCCUCUACAAUUGAUGUCAUUUUCUUUUGGUGGGAGUAUCAAUGAUGCUUAUUAUGUACCAAAAGAUGAUCCUAGCCAUCACUUUACCAGGGGGUCUGGAAAGAAUGAGAACCCUUCGAAUGCUCUGUAUUUGUCUCAGUGGAUUCAUGGCCAACCAACAUCUCACAAUUAUGUCAAAUUUCGAGAAAAAAGUUCAACAUUUCCCCAUAAGGCUCCUGCAAAAGAUAUAGUGGACGUCAUCCUUUUACCGGUUGGUAGCUUGCAUGCUAUAAACGGGGUCUCUGAGAUUCCAAGUGAGGUUUUAUAUAACAGUUUGGAAAAUGCAUGUGGUUUUAAACUUGUUGAUCCUUCCCUUAUCAUGGAUGCUUGGAAGGAAAAAUUGUCUAUCCCUGUACUCGAUAACCACCAUGAAGCUUCAACAAGUGUGGCAGGAUUUUUAUGCUCUAGUCAAAAUGAGAGGGCAUCUGCAACUGAUCGUCGUCGUAGAGUAAGAAUCUCUGAAAGACUCAAAGCAUUGCAAGUACUGCUCCCACAUUCUGAGGGUGGUAAAGCAUCUGUUCUUGAUGAUAUCAUUGACUAUAUCAAGCAUUUGCAGUUACAAGUCAAGGAUUUAAGUCAAAGUCGAUUGGGUGGUCAAUCAACUUCUGAUCCCUUUAUUUUUCUUAAGGGAUAUGGGCACUACAUUCUACAUGAUCAGAUGCUGAAAGAACCAGUUGAAGAGAUGAUGGGAAAGUUACUGGAGGUGAAUCCAUCAGAAGCAACCCAAUUAAUGAGAGAAUAG